GCGACCGGAGUCGCGAUGGGCCCGCGGCGGGCGGCUGGGCUGGCGCUGGUGCUGGCGCUGGCGGCAGCGGCGCUGGGGCUGCGGGAGCCGGCACGGCACCGGGCACGGCUCCCUCGAGGCAGCAACGGCCUGGCGGCGGCGGUGGCGGCGGUGGCGGGAGAAGGCGAGGCCUGCGGCGGCCUGCGUGGAGACCCAGCCGCCCUCGGCAACAACACGCACCAGUGUGUCUUCGAUGACCUCAGCGGCUCCGUGUCACUGUCCUGGGUUGGGGACAACACUGGGGUCAUCCUGGUGCUGACCACGUUCCAGGUGCCCCUGGUGAUCAUGAGCUUCGGGCAGUCCAAGCUCUACCGCAGCGAGGACUACGGGAAGACCUUCACGGACAUCACGGAGCUGAUCAACAACACCUUCAUCCGCACCGAGUUCGGCAUGGCCAUCGGCCCCGGCAGCUCGGGCAAGGUGAUCCUGACCGGGGACGUCUCGGGGGGCAGCCGCGGGGGUCGCAUCUUCCGCUCGGCUGACUUCGCCCGGAGCUUCGUGCAGACCGAGCUGCCCUUCCACCCGCUGCUGCAGCUCUCCUACCACCCCCGCCGCGCCAGCCUGCUGCUGGCCCUCAGCACCGAGAACGGCCUCUGGGUCUCCAGGGACUUUGGGGCGAGCUGGCAGGAGAUCCACAGAGCUGUCUGCUUGGCCAAGUGGGGUGCAAACAACAACAUCUUCUUCACCACCUACCUGAACAACUCCUGCAAAGCUGACCUGGGGCUGCUGGAGCUGAAGAGGACCAACGACUUGGGCAGGACCUUCAAGGUCAUCGGCACCAAGAUCUACUCCUUCGGCCUCGGGGGUCGCUUCCUCUUCGCCUCCGUCAUGACUGAGAAGGGCACCACCAGGCGCAUCCACGUCUCGCUGGACCAGGGGGAGAGCUGGAGCAUGGCUCAGCUGCCCUCCGUCGGCCACGAGCAGUUCUACUCCAUCCUGGCGGCCAACGACGACCUGGUCUUCAUGCACGUGGACGAGCCAGGGGACACAGGCUUUGGCACCAUCUACACCUCUGACGACCGUGGCAUCGUCUACUCCAAGUCCCUGGAGCGCCACCUGUACACCAGCACGGGCGGGGACACAGACUUCACCAACGUCACCUCCCUGCGCGGCAUCUACAUCACCAGUGUGCUGUCCCCGGACAACUCCAUCCAGUCUGUCAUCACCUUUGACCGUGGGGGGCAGUGGAUGCCCCUGCGGAAGCCCAAGAACACCACCUGUGACUCCACGGCCAGGAGCAAGGAGGAGUGCAGUCUCCACAUCCACGCCUCCUACAGCAUCUCGCAGAAGCUCAACGUUCCCAUGGCUCCUCUCUCCGAGCCCAACGCCGUUGGCAUCGUCAUCGCCCACGGCAGCGUGGGGGGAGCCAUCUCGGUGAUGAGCCCUGACGUGUACAUCUCGGACGAUGGGGGCUACACGUGGGCACGGAUGCUGGAGGGGCCUCACCACUAUGCCAUCCUGGACUCGGGGGGGCUGAUCGUGGCCAUCCAGCACACCAGCCAGCCUGUCAGCGUCAUCCAGUUCUCCACGGACGAGGGGCAGUGCUGGUACCAGUACAGCUUCACCUCUGAGCCCAUCUUCUUCACCGGGCUGGCCUCGGAGCCUGGCGCCCGCUCCAUGAACGUCAGCAUCUGGGGCUUCCGCGGCAGCUUCCUGGCGCGGCAGUGGCUGUCCUACACCAUCGACUUCGGCCAGCUGCUGAGCCGCCCCUGCGAGGACAAGGACUACAUCAUCUGGCUGGCACACUCCAGCAACAGCAGCGACCCCAGCGACGGCUGCAUCCUGGGCUACAAGGAGCAGUUCCGGCGGCUGCGCAAGGCCUCGCUCUGCCACAACGGCAGGGACUACGCCGUGGGCAGGCAGCCCUCGCCCUGCCCCUGCACGCUGCAGGACUUCCUCUGUGACUUUGGCUACUUCCGCCCCGAGAACCGCUCCGAGUGCGUGGAGCAGCCUGAGCUGCGUGGGCACGACCUGGAGUUCUGCCUCUACGGGCGCCAGGAGCUGCUGCGCACCAGCGGGUACCGGAAGAUCCCCGGGGACAAGUGCGUGGGGGGGGAGAGCCCCAGCCGGGAGGAGAAGGACAUGAAGAAGAAAUGCACCAGCGACCUGCUCAGCCCCGGGCAGCUGGCAGCGUCGCCCAGCUCCAUGCCCAUCGUGCUGGCAGUGGUGGCAGUGCUGUUUGUCACUGCUGCUGCCAGCGUCCUGCUGGUCAAGAAAUACGUCUGCGGGGGCAGGUUCCUGGUUCACCGCUACUCGGUGCUGCGCCAGCACGCGGAGGCCAACGGCGUGGAGGGGCUGGAGGGGCUGGGCAGUGCCAGCCUGGCCACCAAGGGAGGCUACCAUGAUGACUCCGACGAGGGCCUCCUGGAGUGACACUGGGGACACCACCGUGGCCCCCCCAGAGUGGGCAGAGCCCUCCCUGUACCCUCUGCCUGCCCCCCCCCCCGAGGGCUGCUUUGCUGCUGGGUCCUGGGGGGGUCUGCACUGAGCCCCCCCCGGCCUGGGGCAGCUUUUCUGGGCUUUUCCUCCUGGGGUUGUCCUUUAGGGAGCCAAAAACCCCUCCCGGACCCCCCCCAAAUAAACAUCCUGAGGGGGCUGGGGACAGACCCUGCUGGGGGGGACACAGACACAGACCCUUGCGGCCCCCCCUGGCCCUGCUGCCUCUUCCUGCUCCAAAGCAAUACCAGCCAGACCCUGCCCCCCCCGGACCCCCAACUUUAGGUGUGGGGGGGGUCCCUGUGGCCAUGGGGUGACAGCCAGACCCUGCCCCCCUCCCGGGACCCCCCCCAGGAUGUUGCAGCAAUAAUGAGACAAAGAUUUGAAGCCUUUUGAGGCGGGGGGGGGAGGGUGCAGGUAGAACAAAAAAGGGUGGGGGGCAUCUCACAGCAGCUCCCUCCCCCCCCCGCCCAGUCCCCUUAAUUCAAGGUAGGUUCUUUGCUUGCCCCCCCCCCCCGACCCCCCCUCUUGCCCUCCCCCCCCCAGGUUCUGGUCCCAGCACUGUUAAAGUCCCUUACACUGGAACCCCCUUUUUGGGGCUGGGGGCACUCCCAUGUAGCCCCCCCAGUCAUAGCUGAGGUCCUGGGGGGGGCUUCAUAUGACUCCCCCUUCCCCCCCCCACUUUGCACCCCAGUUUGGCUAUGGCUGGGGGGGGACAUUACUUGAGCACCUCCCCCCCAGGCUGCAGGGACUGGGGAGGGGUCCCCUGUGGUGUGUGUGUGCCCCCCCCAGUGGUUAGGGGUGGAGGGGGGGCCCAGAAUAGGGAAAGGGUCCCCCCCCAGCAGUUGAGAGGGGGAGGGGGCUCCCAAAAUGGGGAGGGGGUGCCCUGUGGUGUGUGUCCCAGUGGAUAGGGGGGGCACAGAAUGGGGAGGGGGUCCCUUGUGUGUGUCUGUGUGUCCCCCCCCCAGCUAUCAGGACAGGGCCAUGUUGUCAUGUGUGUGUCCCCCAGCAUGGCACUGGCAGAACUGGGGGGACCCUCCCCCCCCUUCCAGCCCCCUCCUCCCUUCCAACUCCCCCCCCCCCUUGCAUGUGCUUCAGCGGCCCCAUGGGACUCGCUUGGGGACAGGGGCUGGGGGCAGGGACAGUGUCACAACCUCCCUCCCCCUCCCCCACACUACAAAGCCAUAACCCCUGAGGGGGGGGGAGCAGUGGCACCCCCAGCCCCCCCCAUUACCCCUGGCCUGGUUUGGGGGGAGGGGGCAGGGGCUGAGCCCCCACUUUGUAAGGGCAAUUUCUGUAUAUUUGGGUUAGAAAUAAAGCCAAAAAUGGA